AUGGUGGUGAAGCCCUUGGAGGAAAUAUAUCCUGUCUGGGAAGGUGAACCCCGACGUGUAGACGUCGAUAUAAAGGUGCAUAUCAUGAUAUGCGAUAUUCUGGAUGGAAGCUUGGAUGAGGGGUUCUGGGAAUCUCCCAAAAACGUAGGUGGCGAUGCAACAGGUGGCGCUGCAACAGUUCAGACGUCGAAACAGUCGAAGAGGAAGUUGGAAACUCCACGCGUGGAGAAGAAAAAGAAAGAGAAGGUGAAAGAGGCUGAAGCAACGGAUUCAACUCCGAGAAGCAAAAGGAGAAGGGAAAGAGAGGCAAGGAAAGAAGAGACGAAGCACGAAAACAAGGAGAAAAAGAAACGUAAGAAGGAGGAUGAGGAAGAAGAUGAUGAUUUUAACUCGCCGAGGAUUGCCGUUAUCGAGGAUAAACAUGAAGAGAAAGAGGAGGCCAUGGCGAAUUCUGGGAACAAGGUUGACAACGACCAUGGUAACAAUGAUGAUAAUGCCGGUGAUGCAGAAUCCAAAACCUCACCGAAAACCCCUAGAGCAAAGGCAUCUCCUCCAGCAGCAGCGCCAGUAGCAGGAACGUCAACGGGAGGUGGAGCAGGAACGGGAACGCGAGCUGUGGAAAAGGAUCCGGUACGCAAGUCUCUCUUCUAA